CUCUUCUUUCAACUUUGAUCAAUUUCUUUGUUCAGCUGAAGGUAAUCAAAUGGAGCACGAUUCGAGUGUUAGUCCAUCAAGUUACAGAGGUGUGCGCCAACGGAAAUGGGGAAAAUGGGUGUCUGAAAUCCGGGAGCCUGGGAAGAAGACCCGAAUAUGGCUCGGGAGCUACGAGACAGCCGAAAUGGCAGCGGCGGCCUACGAUACGGCGGCAUUACACUUCCGAGGACGAGCUGCUCGGCUUAACUUUCCGGAAUUGGUCGAUAGCCUUCCGCGUCCGGCUAGCUCCAGUGCGGAAGACGUUCAAGUGGCGACACAAGAGGCUGCAUUGAGGCUCGGUCGAAGACCCAAGUUGAGCUCGGAGGUGGGUGCUGAGCUACCCGGUGGUGGGAAGAGCCUUGGUCCGGUUAGGACCGGAUUGUCACCCAGCCAAAUUCAAGCUAUCAAUGAGUUCCCACUGGAUUCUCCCAAGAUGUGGAUGGAACUGGCUGGUGCAGUGUUGUUGGCCGAGCCGAUGAUGUGUGGGGUUGAUGAUGCCGUGUUCAUGACUGACUAUGAAGAAAUUCUGGUUGAACCCAUUUGGGAUUAAAUUA